ACUUAGCGAGCAACCGAAUCGCGCCGGAGGAUGGAGAGCAGUGACGAAGCAGCCGUCCAGAAGCACCGCAUCCACUUACGCCCCGUCUCGCUCCGCGACGCCGCCCCCGUCACGCUGCACCUUCUGCCCUGCGAGGUCCCAGUUAACCAGCCCGCCCCCGUGGGGCGCUUCUUCACCCCGGCCAUCCGCCAGGGUCCCGCCGGACUCGAAGUGUCGUUUCGGGGCCGCAAACUACGGGGCGAGGAGCUGGUGCUGCCGCCCGGCCUCGUGGGAUACGUGAUGGUGAUGGAAGAAAAGCAGGACUUCUCGGAGGCUCCGGAAAAUGACGACGAGCAGGAGCUGGUGGAACCCCCGGAGGCGCUGGAGCGGGACUUCGACUGCUUUAUCGGAGCCACUGCUAGUUUCAGCCGCUUCACUCUGUGGGGCCUGGAGACCAUCCCCGGCCCGGAUGCCAAAGUGCGCGGGGCCCUAACCUGGCCCAGCCUCGCUGCAGCGAUCCACUCACAGGUGCCCGAGGACUGAGAACCAGAGCUUGAAAUUGAAAGCCACUGAUCCCUUCAGCCCAAUUAACCAGCUCUUCACUUCGGAGCCACUGAUUCCAUCACCCCAAUAAACGAGUUCUUCACAGCA